CAUCCACAGCCCACUUGUAUAAAACCCAAACCCAACCUCCGAAAACCUUCGCGCUUUUUUUCCCACCCAUUUUCCCAAAUUUCAAAACCCUAACCCUAGAGCUUCCGCAAUCGGAGAGAAAAUUCCACAGUCGCCGGAAAAUGUUGGAGCUCCGUCUCGUUCAAGGUUCGCUUCUGAAGAAGGUCCUGGAGGCCAUCAAGGACCUGGUCAAUGACGCCAACUUCGAUUGCUCCGCUACCGGGUUCUCUCUUCAGGCCAUGGACUCCAGCCACGUGGCUCUGGUGGCUCUUCUGCUCAGAUCGGAGGGUUUCGAGCAUUACCGCUGUGAUCGGAACCUCUCGAUGGGCAUGAACCUCAAUAACAUGUCCAAGAUGCUAAAGUGCGCCGGAAAUGAUGACAUCAUCACCAUCAAGGCCGACGAUGGCAGUGACACUGUCACCUUCAUGUUUGAGAGUCCCACACAAGAUAAAAUUGCGGAUUUUGAGAUGAAAUUGAUGGACAUUGAUAGCGAGCAUCUUGGAAUUCCAGAGGCUGAAUACCAUGCCAUUGUUAGAAUGCCUUCAUCUGAGUUUGCUAGGAUAUGUAAAGAUCUCAGCAGUAUUGGCGAUACUGUUGUAAUUUCUGUGACCAAGGAGGGUGUAAAGUUCUCUACAAGAGGUGAUAUUGGGACUGCUAAUAUAGUUUGCAGGCAGAAUACUACAGUGGAUAAGCCAGAAGAAGCAACAGUUAUUGACAUGAAUGAACCAGUUUCAUUGACAUUUGCUCUGAGGUACAUGAACUCGUUUACCAAGGCAACUCCAUUAUCAAAUACAGUUACAAUCAGCUUGUCUUCUGAACUGCCUGUUGUGGUUGAGUACAAGAUUGCAGAAAUGGGUUAUGUCAGGUUCUACUUGGCUCCUAAGAUAGAAGAGGAUGAAGAUGAUGCAAAGCCUCAAUGAGGUUAAUUUAGGCCAUGUUAAUGGCAUAUUUGCUUGAGCACUUGAAUUGCACUGUAUUCUUGCUUUGGGAUGUUUUUAUACGUCUCCAACCAAGGUGUUUUUUUCGUAGUCAUGUAAGCAUGCAAACCAGUAGGUUGAAGAUUAAGUACUGUACUUGCUUGUUACUCGGUUUAAGCAAUGUUAAGCUUUUUACAUGUC